ACCGCCACCACACAGCUCCCACGCUCACCGACGCCACAGCUUGUGCGCGCGCAAUGGCACUCGUGUCCGCCUCCUCGUCCUCCACCACCGCCGUCGCGGCGCUCCCCAGGAAUGGGCAGCAGCGGGCGUCGUCGUCGUUGUUCUCCUCCUCCUCCUCUUCCUCCUUCCUCGUCGGCAAGACGCUGCUGAGGCAGGCCGAGGCAGCCCGGCCGUCGUUCGCCGUGCGCGCCGCGGCGGAUUCCGACAGGCCGAUCUGGUUCCCCGGCAGCACCCCUCCGCCGUGGCUCGACGGCAGCCUUCCCGGCGACUUCGGCUUUGAUCCCUGGGGCCUCGGAUCUGACCCGGAGAGCCUGCGGUGGAACGUGCAGGCGGAGCUGGUGCACUGCCGGUGGGCGAUGCUCGGCGCGGCGGGUAUCUUCAUCCCGGAGUUCCUGACCAAGAUCGGCGUCCUCAACACGCCCUUCUGGUACACCGCCGGCGAGCAGCAGUACUUCACCGACACCACCACCCUCUUCAUCAUCGAGCUCAUCCUCAUCGGCUGGGCCGAGGGCCGCCGUUGGGCUGACAUCAUCAAGCCCGGAAGCGUCAACACCGAUCCCAUCUUCCCCAGCAACAAGCUCACCGGCACCGACGUCGGGUACCCUGGUGGCCUGUGGUUUGACCCGCUCGGCUGGGGCUCCGGCUCGCCGGAGAAGAUCAAGGAGCUGCGCACCAAGGAGAUCAAGAACGGACGCCUCGCCAUGCUCGCCGUCAUGGGCGCUUGGUUCCAGGCCGAGUACACCGGCACCGGCCCCAUCGACAACCUCUUCGCCCACCUCGCCGACCCUGGCCACGCCACCAUCUUCCAGGCCUUCACCCCCAAAUGAGGAGCUCUGAUGAACUUGGCAGUUCGAGGAGUGCUACCACACAUGCAUGCAUUGUUAGGUUUGAUGGCCGAUAUGGAACUUUUUCUUUUUGUUGGGGGCGGACUACUGGGUAGACUGUCAACGAUGAUGAUGAUGAUGAUGAAAUGUUCGUGGUGCGAUGCAUGGUGUACUUGUACUAUGUUGUAACUAAUGUAAAAAUGCGAUGGUCGUUAGAUGCUAUGUCCUCUUAAUUAAGGCGGACCUACAUGCAAGUAAGGAUGCAAAUAAGGGUAUUCAGUAUUUAAUUGAAUACUCAUUAUUUUUUGCAAAAAAAUAUGUAUACAUGUAUAUGUUACUAGCCAGUUGUUC